CUCUGUUCAGCCUAUAAAAGGCUGCCAGUCGGCGCUCCCGGUACACGCGCUUCAACUUCGGUUGGUGUGUGUCGAAGAAACCUGACUGCGACCUGGGAAGAACCGCGGAGAACAUCGGAACAUCGGAGAGGGUCCACCGAGCCUCGCGAAAGGUCCGCUGAGCGGGCUUCGCAACCGGAGCCACUCCGGGCUGCGGAGCACCCAGCGGAUCCCACGCCUGGCACAGGUGUGGGACCCCGUCCUUCCUGCCUUCGCAGAGGAGUCCUCGCGUGGUGAGUAUGCGAAACAAAAAGCUUUUGAAAACAAGAAGAAGAAAGGGCGGACGAGGAGGCCAGGAUCCAGGCCUCCAUCCCCACAGAAGUGAAGCGACAGCUGGGAGGUCUCCUCCCACCCCAACCUUCACCCUGGGGCCCGCCGACUGCCCACCGCCACCUCCUCCUCCCCCCCCCAACGACCCCUCCUCCUCCUCCAACAACUGCCAAAGGGAUCAGGGCAACCCCAACCAGGAACGCAGGCGGCGGGAGAACCUCUCCCAAGAGAUCAACGACCUUAGAGAGAAGGUCAUGAGGCAGUCCGAGGAGAACAACAAGCUGCAGGACCAGGUGCAGAGGCUCACCGAGGAGAACUCGAACCUUCGCGAGCAAGUGGAGCCUGCCCCCCAGGAAGAGGAAGAAGAGGAGGAGGAAGACGAUGAGCUGGAGCUCCGUGGCGCCGCAGCGGCCGCUGCCCCACCCCCUCCCGCCGAGGAAGAGGGCUCCGAAGACCUCCCCGAGAAGUUCGACGGCAACCCAGACAUGCUGGUGCCUUUCAUGUCCCAGUGCCAGAUCUUCAUGGAGAAGAGCACCCGAGAUUUCUCCAUCGAUCGCGUCCGCGUCUGCUUCGUGACCAGCAUGAUGACCGGCCGCGCCGCCCGCUGGGCCUCCGCGAAGCUGGAGCGAGCCCACUACCUGAUGCACAACUACCCAGCCUUCAUGACCGAGAUGAAGCAUGUCUUCGAAGACCCCCAGAGGCGAGAGGCCGCCAAGCGCAAGAUCAGACGCCUGCGCCAGGGCAUGGGGUCCGUGGUCGACUACUCCAAUGCGUUCCAGAUGAUCGCCCAGGACCUGGACUGGAACGAGCCCGCGCUCAUCGACCAGUACCACGAGGGCCUCAGUGACCACAUCCAGGCCGAGCUGGCGCACCUCGAGGUCGCCAGGUCGCUGCCCGCGCUCAUCAGCCAGUGCAUCCUCAUCGAGCGCAGGCUGGCCCGGGCGGCCGCCGCCCGCAAGCCGCCGCCACGCGUGCUGGUCCUGGCACGCAGCCACCACCAGGUGGACCCCACCGAGCCCGUGGGCGGGGCGCGCAUGCGCCUGACCCAGGAAGAGAAGGAAAGACGCCGCAAGCUGAACCUGUGCCUCUACUGUGGGAAUGGAGGCCACUACGCUGACAACUGUCCUGCCAAGGCCUCGAAGGCUUCGCGCGGGAAACUCCCCGGCCCCGCUGUAGAGGGACCUUCAGCGACCGGGCCGGAAAUCAUAAGGUCCCCACCAGAUGAUGCUUCAUCUCACCUGCAAGUGAUGCUCCAGAUUCACAUCCCGGGCAGACACACCCUGAUCGUCCGAGCCAUGAUCGACUCUGGCGCCUCUGGCAACUUCAUCGAUCACGAGUACGUCGCGCGACAUGCCAUUCCUCUGAGGAUCAAGGACUGGCCAAUCCUUGUGGAAGCGAUCGAUGGACGCCCCAUAGCAUCGGGCCCCGUGGUCCAUGAGACGCACGAGCUGAUCGUCGACCUGGGGAAUCACCGGGAAGUGCUGUCCCUGGAUGUGACUCAGUCUCCGUUCUUCCCCAUCGUCCUGGGGGUGCGCUGGCUGAGCACACACGACCCCAACAUCACCUGGAGCACCCGAUCGAUCAUCUUCGACUCCGAAUACUGCCGAUACCACUGCCGGGUGUACACCCCCAUCCCAGCCUUCCUCCCACCAGCACAGCCGCCCUUCUUCUACUCGAUCGAGGGAUUCAGAGUUUACCAGCCUGUGAGGUACUACUACGUGCAGAACGUGUACACUCCAGUGGAUGAGAACGUCUACCCGGAUCACCGCCUGGUGGACCCCAACAUCGAGAUGAUCCCUGGAGCUCACAGCAUUCCCAGCGGGCACGUGUACUCGCUGUCCGAGUCCGAGAUGGCCGCUCUGCGGGAGUUCAUCGCCAGGCACGUGAAGGAUGGCCUGAUCACUCCGACCAUCGCCCCCAACGGAGCCCAAGUCCUCCAGGUGAAAAGGGGAUGGAAGCUGCAGGUCUCCUACGACUGCCGUGCUCCCAACAGUUUCACCAUCCAGAAUCAGUACCCUCAGCUCUCUGUUCCAAAUUUGGAUGACCAGGCGCACCUGGCCACCUACGCUGAGUACGUUCCUCAGAUUCCUGGAUACCCCACGUACCCGGCCUACGGCACCUACCCGACCUACCCAGUCGGAUUCGCCUGGUACCCAGUAGGAAGAGAUGGACAUGGACGCCCGCUCUAUGUCCCCGUGAUGAUCACUUGGAAUCCUCACUGGUACCGCCAGCCUCCGGUACCCCAGUAUCCGCCGCCGCAGCCGCCGCCGCCUCCGCCGCCGCCGCCGCCGCCGCCCUCCUACAGCAGCCUGUGAAUCUGUCAGAUCCUUCAGGAUCUCUGCCCUCAACGUGUGUUCCUGGGCAGCUUCUCAGUCAGUGACUGUGUGCUCACCUGGGCCCCUGGAUCUUCAGGCCAACCUGUCACCUCUGAAGAGCCACGGAAGGUCAGGGCCACCCUGGACUGGCACACAGCCUGAAACCACCCAAAGAUCUCUGGGAGCCACAGAAUAUUGACCAACAAAUUAUCUUCCUUAACUGCCAAUUCUAAGUAAAAUUCGUAAGCUGACCUCCCAGUACAUCUCGGAAAUAUUUACGGAGAAGCUGAUGCCAACACACGAAAUGCUGUUUUCUCUACAGAGGGGGAGACAAAGAGGAGGAGGAUAUAACUUUUCUUGCAGUUUCGGUUCUCUCUUUAUAUUAUGAGAGGACCGCCGCCUUAUGAAGGAAGCCACAAUGAACUGGUGCAGUAUGAAACGGCUUCCGUGAUCUUUCUGCUGCACCCUGAGACACUUCACCAUCUUUGAACUUCUCUUUCGUGUUUCUGUGAUUCUGUUAAUUCUCAAGGAGCAGCAACGUGACCAGUUAAUUCUCCCGGGAGCGGGGCAAAUCCCUGCAACAGGAGCACCUCGGGCUGGAGAAGGAAGUGCCCUUUCAGAUGGACUCUUGCAUGUUGAGUGUGCCUUCACAUGUGUACCCACACUCAUGCCUGGGGGGAAUGUCUUUGAGGAGGAGAAAUUGGGGCACAGGAGACUGUCUUGGGGAUAUGGACUUCUGUAGUGAGCUUCAAAUCCGGUUGCCAAUGAAUAAAAGGCCUCAGAAAACAAGUCAAAUGACUCAAAGCAACAGACAACCCAAACGUUGUCUUCAGUCCCGUGACAUCAUCUGGGGUCUCCUGGGGACUGCCUGACUUCCUUUAGCCUGGUCCCUUGCUGCUACUACCUUGAACUGUUUGUCUAACCUCUCUUUCUGUUUAAUUCCUUACUACUGCCAUUAACCCUGCUGCAGGAUUUGUGUCAUCCUUCCUGCCUGGUUGCUGAGGCUCCAUUUUGCUGCCACGCGUGGAGAAGAAAGAAGCAGGAUUCAAGGAGUGUGUUUCUACACAGUCUCCAAUUGCCAAAACACCCCUUAAGCAGUAGAAAACAAUGUGAUAUGUAUAUAUUUCUAAUUGCCUAUCAGGAAGAGUAGUUUAAUGGUGAAGUUUCAUUGUUUCAUCAACGUCAUCUUUCACUAUUCAUUAUCAUUCACCCUUAUUCUUGCAUGUUUAAAUACUUAAAUAUUUUAGCUGUAGAUUAGUGGUAUCUUUUUUAACAACUUUAGAGUGGGACUGCUCAUAUUAUUUCCAAUGAAUUACAAAGUACUAUCCAAUUCUUACUAUGUUAGAGUUAAGCUAAUUAAAAUCGAGUAAGUAAUGUAAUGUAAAAUACUGUGAACUUCUCUUAACAAACACUGUGAAUUAGAGGCUCCUCGGAACUGGAGUUUUGUAUAAUAGUUCAUCUUGUUCAUCUUCAACCUUUUAUUUUAACAUCAUAUGUAAUUUUAGUUUUAUCAAUUAGGCCUCUAAAAAACACACACACACAAAUAUGCAAAUCCAAAGAAGAUACCUAAUUGGCUAUUUACUCCAAAACAACUUUUUUUUUUCUUUUUCAAUGGAAUCAGACAACUUGUCAGUCACUCAUGUGUUUUUAAAGUACGUCAUUAUUUUUUAAAUGGUGCAUUUGUGCUUCUGGACUAUUUUGAAGCGUCACUCCGUUUACCUCAGAUAUCAAUCCAUCCUCCAUAUCUUUGAAUUCAAGUUGUGUUGUGUCAAAUUUACAGUUGUCAAUUGAUCUUCAAGCUGCAGGGGGCCUAGAAAUGGCUCAUUGUCUGCAGCCCCAACAUGUGCACACGGACAUUGCCAUCACUGCAAGCAAAAGUCUGGAGACGUUGGCCUGUGACAACAACGGUCAGGGAGAACACGGAUGAAGUCCCUGACACACAUAUGGCUGUUUAGUAAAGCUUGUGAAAAACUUUUGGCAGUGUGCACUAUGUUGUAUUGCUAUAUAUGCUGUCUGUAAAUGUAGGUGUUAAAGAUAAGUGAUCUCAAAUUUAUUGUUAGCAUCAGAAUUGUAAUAAGUUUCCUUUCAAUCAAUUGAUUUAAUUUGUUGCUGUUGAUCAAACUUAUGUUAAUUGGAUACUUUAAAUUUUGGGGGCAUUUUCCAACAGAUGCCUUUAUUCUUAAAGAAAAGAGCAAAGUAAUUAAAUUUCUAAAGAAAUUAGGGAGCAAAAUAAAAACAAAGUAGAUAAAUAAAGCAAUAUCAAUUAUUAAACAAAGCCAAUAGUCGACCCUUUGAAACAAAUUGGCAAAAUUGAUUGACUUUUAGCCCAAAUUCAGAGAGUUAAUUAAAAAAUCAAGGAAGAAGAAGGUAUGAGCUCCCAUUUUUAGGCAAACUUGGAAAACUAGCUAAAGUCAUCUUGCUAGAAUAUUGAAGAAGUUUACAUACGUUUCUGAAGGGUCAAUUCAGUUUGAGCAACGAGGUAUUUGUAAUAGAUGCUGGAAAAUGAAGAAUUAGUUUGAUUAAAUCAUGUGAGGUAGCACAGUGAACUAACAGGUGCACGAAAAGGGCAGUCUGAAUUUCUGUUUUAGUUUGCAGGUACCUCUUAGACUCCUGAAUUGAUCCAGUUGUCAUCUGCCACAGACAUCUAACAUCAGAUUGAAUUUCAAGAUUGGCAACAGAGAACACUGCUGGGAAAGACCUGAGCGGAAAUGAAAGACCACCUGCAUAGAUGAAAAGCCAGUGGGAACCAAGCUACAUUUUCAUCUAAGGAAGAGCAAAUCUUGUGGGAAAGUUCUUUGUUGUUUCAGAUUGUAGAAUGCUAUCGAAUUGGUCUGUGGAAAAUUGCAUUGUUACUAUUUCUUUGUGUAAUCACUUUAAUGAAUAGGGGGUAUAUAUAAUCAUAAGUAAUUUUAGGGUGGGAGGGAUUAAUAAGUAAUCUUAAGUGGGUGGGAUUAGUUAAACAGCAUGAUUAUAUAUUAGAUAUCUCUAUAAGUAGACAUGUGCACUUGUGAUCCUUUAUCCUGUGAUUGCUACCUUUAAUAAUUUCAAAUAAACUCGGAGGGAACUGCAGGGAGAUUAGCCUAUUUAGGGUGACUGGAACAUGGAAAAAAACCCUAGUGGGAUAAAGUUCAAAGGUGAUCACAUAGAUCAUUUAAUAGAGGCUCUUUGCCUUGGGUAUUAACUCCAGGGAUUAAGAUCAUGAGCAAAGUCUUUAGUGAGUGACAGGGUGGAUAGAUACCCUUAGAGAAAUUGUUGCUGAAAUGACAUUGAUAUGAUGUAUGGUGAAUAGUCAUGAAAGUUAUACAAAAAUGGUGCAUAAGAAAUGGAAGUGAUGAGUAAGAAAAGUUGCUCCCAUCAGUCGCCCUCCUCUUUACCUCUUCUCCCUACCCCUGUCCCACAUCCCUAUCCUCCCCCAUUAUUAUUGCUGUAUUCUCUUUAUUUCUCUCAAAUUACUAAUAUUGAUGUUAUAAUAAAUUCAAUUAAUAAAGAUUUAGUGGUUAAGUGCAAA